GCCUGGGCGAAGCAUUGGCGGGUGAUCACGUUUAUUUUUGUCCUUCAGGAACCUGCCUUAUGUUUGGAGAACACAGCAGCACUUGAAAGUGGCGAAACCUUGUAGGUAACCUAUUUGUCUCGAGGUUCGUCUCUUAACACCUUGGGAGGAUGGCAGAAGGCGCUGAUGGAGAAGAGGAGAUCCAAUUCCUGCGAACCGAUGAUCAAGUGGUGCUGCAGUGUACUGCGUCCAUUCUCAAGGAACAGAUCAAAGUGUGUCUGUCAUGUGAAGGAUUUGGGAACAGGCUUUGUUUUCUGGAGACCACAUCAAACGCUCAGAAUGUGCCACCAGACCUCGCAAUUUGUUGCUUCAUUUUGGAGCAGUCUCUGUCUGUGCGAGCAUUGCAGGAGAUGCUCUCUAACUCCUCUGUGGAUGAGGAGGUCGAUUUGGACAAAUGGUCAUCUCAAGGUGGAGGUAGUCGAACCCUGCUGUAUGGACAUGCCAUCCUCCUGAAACACACUCAUUCCAACAUGUACUUGAGCUGUCUGACUACAUCUCGAUCACUGACUGACAAGUUGGCCUUUGAUGUGGGCUUGCAGGAAGACUCGACAGGAGAGGCCUGCUGGUGGACCAUACACCCGGCCUCAAAGCAAAGAUCUGAGGGUGAAAAGGUCAGGGUGGGAGAUGACCUCAUCCUUGUUAGUGUUUCUUCAGAGAGAUAUCUGCACCUCUCCUAUGCAAGCGGUGACCUAAUGGUUGAUGCAUCCUUCAUGCAAACACUCUGGACCAUGACCCCUGUCAUGUCUGGCUGUGAGCUUGCUGAAGGUUUUCUUAUCGGAGGGUAUGUGCUCAGGCUCUUCCACGGUCACAUGGACGAGUGCUUGGCCAUUCCAGGGGCAGACCAGGGGGACGACCAACGCAGAGUUGCCCAUUACGAAGGUGGUGCUGUAUGCAGCCACGCUCGCUCCUUAUGGAGACUCGAGCCUCUGCGGAUCGCGUGGAGUGGAGGUCACAUCAAAUGGGGUCAGUCUUUCCGGAUACGCCACAUAACAACAGGACGAUACUUGUUACUUGAUGAGGACAAGGGACUUCUGUUGGUAGACCCAGAAAAAGCCAAUUCCAAGAUGUCAGCUUUCUGCUUCAGAAUUUCUAAGGAAAAAAUUGAAGUGGCCCAGAAGCGGGAUGUGGAAGGCAUGGGAACACCGGAGAUUAAGUAUGGGGAAUCCAUGUGCUUUGUGCAGCAUGUUUCAUCUGGACUUUGGCUUACAUAUGCUGCUGUGGAUGCCAAAUCUGCUCGUCUUGGACCUCUGAAAAGAAAGGCCAUACUCCACAAAGAAGGUCACAUGGAUGAUGCACUCACAGUUGCUCGAUCGCAAACUGAAGAGUCUCAAGCUGCCAGAAUGAUUUACAGCACAGCAGGCCUCUUCAACCAGUUCAUCAAGGGUUUGGAUGCUUUGAGUGGAAAAAACAAAUCUGCUAAUCCGCCAUCACUGCCAAUGGACGCAGUGGUUCUCUCUCUUCAGGAUCUCAUCUUUUACUUCAGACCACCUGAAGAGGAACUAGAGCAUGAGGACAAACAGUUCAAGCUUCGCUCCCUGAAGAACAGACAGAACCUGUUCCAGGAGGAGGGAAUGAUUAACCUCGUUCUGGACUGCAUUGAUCGGCUCAAUGUCUACAACACUGCAGCCCACUUUUCAGAGUAUGCUGGCGAGGAAGCUGCAGAAUCAUGGAAGGAGAUAGUAAAUUUACUUUAUGAACUGCUGGCUUCUUUGAUCCGAGGAAACCGAACAAACUGUGCUCUUUUCUGUGACAACCUGGACUGGCUGGUCAGUAAGCUGGAUCGUUUGGAAGCAUCCUCAGGAAUUCUGGAGGUGUUGUACUGUGUUUUGAUUGAGAGUCCAGAGGUGUUGAACAUUAUUAAGGAGAAUCAUAUCAAAUCAAUUAUCUCUCUACUGGAUAAGCACGGGCGCAACCACAAGGUUUUGGAUGUGCUUUGCUCUCUGUGUGUCUGCAACGGUGUAGCUGUGAGAUCAAACCAGAACCUUAUCACAGAGAACCUACUUCCAGGUCGCGACCUUCUUCUUCAAACCAACAUUAUUAACUAUGUCACCAGCAUGAGACCCAACAUAUUCCUUGGAACUUGUGAAGGAUCUACUCAGUAUAAGAAGUGGUACUUUGAGGUGAUGGUGGAUCAUGUAGAGCCGUUCAUCACCGCCCAGCCGUAUCACCUGCGAGUGGGUUGGGCUCUGACCGAGGGCUACAGCCCUUACCCCGGUGGUGGAGAAGGCUGGGGGGGUAAUGGAGUUGGUGAUGACCUGUAUUCCUAUGGCUUUGAUGGCCUUCACCUUUGGUCAGGGCGUGUACCACGGCAUGUUGCUUCUCCCAACCAACACAGUCUGGCAGCAGAGGACGUGGUCAGCUGCUGUCUGGAUCUAAGUGUGCCAAGCAUCUCCUUUCGUAUCAACGGGCAUCCUGUUCAGGGAAUGUUUGAAAAUUUCAACCUGGACGGUCUAUUCUUUCCAGUCGUCAGCUUCUCUGCAGGCAUAAAGUUACGGUUUCUUCUCGGGGGGCGUCAUGGGGAUUUCAAGUUUCUGCCCCCUCCAGGCUACGCUCCCUGCUAUGAGGCAGUGCUGCCCAGGGACCGUUUGCGGAUUGAGCCCAUCAAGGAAUAUAAACAUGAUUUUGAUGAUGUUCGUAACCUGCUUGGUCCGACCCAGUCCCUGUCUCACACAGCGUUCACUCCCUAUCCUGUGGACACAAUUCAGAUUGUACUUCCUCCUCAUUUGGAGCGGGUCCGGGAGAAACUUGCAGAAAACAGUCAUGAACUAUGGGCUGUUACUCGCAUAGAACAAGGGUGGACAUAUGGACUAUUUCGUGACGACAACAAGAAGAUGCACCCCUGCCUGGUAGAUUUCCAGAGCUUGCCUGAGCCGGAGAAGAACUACAAUUUAGCAAUGUCAGGAGAGACGCUAAAGACUCUGCUUGCUCUGGGCUGUCAUGUGGGAAUGGGAGAUGAAAAAGCAGAAGAAAAUCUGAAAAGGAUCAAGCUCCCCAAAACCUACAUGCAGAGUAACGGAUACAAACCCGCUCCCUUGGAUCUGAAUCACGUCAAACUCACUCCAAAUCAAAACACGCUGGUAGAGAGAUUGGCAGAAAAUGGACACAACGUGUGGGCGAGAGACCGGGUUCGACAGGGCUGGACGUACAGUAUUGUGCAGGACAUAUUGAACAAACGUAAUCCUCGCCUGGUUCCCUACAACCUGCUGGAUGAAAAGACAAAAAAGACCAACAGAGAUACAGUUUGUGCAGCAGUUCGUACACUGAUCGGUUAUGGCUACAACAUAGAACCACCUGAUCAGGAGAGCAGUGGGAAUGGACCAGGCAGCUCCCGUGGAGAUAAAAUCAGAGUGUUCAGAGCAGAGAAAUCUUACGCCGUCACGCAGGGCAAAUGGUACUUUGAGUUUGAGGCUGUGACUGUGGGAGAAAUGAGAGUGGGCUGGGCUAGGCCCAGUGUUCGCGCUGAUACUGAACUUGGAGCUGACGAGCUGGCCUAUGUCUUCAACGGCUUUAAGGCCCAACGCUGGCAUGUGGGAAAUGAGCCAUUUGGUCGCCAGUGGCAGUCUGGCGAUGUGGUUGGAUGUAUGAUUGACCUCACAGAAAUGAACAUCAUGUUUACGCUCAACGGAGAAAUGCUGAUCAGCGACUCAGGCUCAGAAAUGGCUUUUAAAGAUAUAGAGAUUGGGGAGGGUUUCAUACCUGUGUGCAGUCUGGGUCUCUCACAGGUGGGUAGAAUCAAUCUGGGUCAGAAUGUCAGUAGUCUUCGUUACUUUACCAUCUGCGGCCUGCAGGAGGGCUUUGAACCAUUUGCUAUAAACAUGAAACGAGAUAUCACCAUGUGGUUCAGUAAAAGCCUUCCACAGUUUAUCACUGUGCCCACAGAUCAUCCACAUAUUGAGAUCUCCCGUGUUGACGGGACAGUGGACACUCCUCCUUGUCUCAAGCUGACCCACAAGACAUUUGGGUCCCAGAAUGCCAACACAGACCUGCUGUUCUUCAGAGUCAGCAUACCAAUUGAAUUUCACGAGACUUUCAAAGUCCCUGCAGGGACGACGCUCCUAACUAAAGCUCUGACGAUUCCCGAAGACCAGGUUUUAGAAGUCGACCCAAACUCUGACUUUGAAAUACUUAAGAAAUCAGCCACUCGCAAAGAACAGGAAGAUGACAAGAAGGAACCCUCUGUGGCAAAAGAAACUUCAGCCAAUAAAAAUGGAGAGAAUGAGAAGGAUGCGUCCACAGAGAAAAGCAAGAAGAAAGGGUUCCUUUUUAAGGCAAAGAAGGCUGCAUUAAUAACUCCACCUCCUGUCGUUCCCACUCAGCCACGCUUAGUAGAAGACGUCGUACCAGAUGACAGGGAUGACAUGGAUAUAAUUCUCAACACCACUACUUAUUACUAUUCGGUGCGGAUAUUUGCAGGACAGGAACCAGGAGGCGUGUGGGUCGGCUGGGUCACGCCAGACUAUCACCAGUAUGAUCUUCACUUUGACCUCAACAAAGUGAGAAACGUGACAGUCACUGUUGGGGAUGAUAGAGGCAACAUUCAUGACAGUAUUAAACGGAGCAACUGCUACAUGGUGUGGGGAGGAGAAUUCGGCAAUUCCCAGCAAACCCGCGUCAGUCAGGAGGACUUCGUGAUUGGCUGUCUCGUUGAUUUGGACACAGGGCUCAUGACUUUUACCGCUAAUGGAAAAGAGAUAAACACCUUUUACCAGGUUGAGCCCAACACAAAGCUUUUCCCAGCCGUCUUUGUUCAGCCUUCCAACCAGAAUGUGAUUCAGUUUGAACUCGGGAAGCUCAAGAACAUCAUGCCCUUGUCAGCAGCCAUGUUUCGCAGUGAACGUAAAAACCCAGUUCCACAGUGCCCUCCGAGAUUGGAUGUCCAGAUGCUAACCCCGGUGAUCUGGAGUCGUAUGCCUAAUAACUUCUUGGCUCCAGAGACAGGCCGUGUCAGCGAAAGACUCGGUUGGAUGGUGCAAUGUAUGGAGCCGCUCACAAUGAUGGCACUUCACAUCCCAGAGGAGAACAGGUGUAUAGACAUACUGGAACUAUCUGAACGAAUGGACCUACUGAAGUUCCACUACCACACCUUAAAACUGUAUGGUUCGGUGUGUGCCUUGGGUAACAACAGGGUGGCACAUGCGCUAUGCAGCCAUGUAGACGAAUCUCAGCUCUUCUACGCCAUAGAGAGUACCUACCUGCCAGGACCGAUGAGGAGCGGCUUCUAUGACCUGCUUAUUAGCAUGCAUCUAGAGUCUGCUAAACGCAACCGCCUUGGAACAAACAAGGAAUUCAUAGUUCCAAUGACAGACAACACACGCAGCAUCACUCUUUACUCAGUGAAGUCUCAGUUACCAGGCGUCGGCCUCACAACAUGUCUACGUCCGAAACUCCAUUUCUCCGCCGUUGGAUUUGUGGGGACAGACCCAGAUAUCUACACAUUAAGUCCAACCAUCCCCUUACAAGUGUUAAAGACCAAAGCUCUGAACAUGCUUAUCGAAGCUGUCCAGGAUGGAAUUCAAGCCAUGAGAGAUCCAGUGGGAGGCAGUGUUGAGUUUCAUUUUGUUCCAAUCUUGAAACUCAUCAGCACACUUCUAAUAAUGGGUGUAUUUGACGAUGAAGAUGUCACACACAUCCUCAAAAUGAUUGAGCCAACAGUCUUUUAUACUGAAAAACCAGAGGAGCUUGCGGAGGAGCCGCCAAAUGCAAACGCUGAAGAGGAAUUGCCAAAGGUAGCCGUGGUCAAAGAGGAGGAGCAGGACGCUGUGGCAGAAGACGAAGAGGAGUUUGAAGAUUAUGGUUAUGACGAUGAAGAAGAAAUAGGUGAGGAGGAGGAAUUAGAGGAGACCGAUUUAGAUGUCCCACAAGGAGAAGCGGUGGAGGAAAUAGAUUUAGUGAAUGGUGAGAAAGGAGCCGAGGAAACAGAGAAAGAAACUAAACCUGUAGAGAGUUGUGGGGAGGCUAAAGAAGAGCAUUUAGAACAAGGACUUUUUCAGAUGAAGCUACCAGAGUCCGUUAAACUUCAGAUGUGCACCCUGUUGCAGUAUUUUUGUGACUGCGAGCUACGUCAUAGAGUGGAGGCCAUUGCUGCCUUCUCAGACAAGUUUGUCAACCAGAUACAGACCAAUCAGAGGCAGCGCUAUAAUGAGCUCAUGAUGGCCUUCACCAUGACGGCUGCAGAGACUGCACGAAAGACUCGUGAAUUUCGCUCCCCGCCGCAAGAACAGGUCAACAUGCUCAUGAACUUUAAAAACUGCCCUGACGACGAAGAGUGUCCUGUUCCUGAUGAGGUCCGUGAAUCCUUGCUGGCUUUUCAUAAUUCUCUGCUGGCACACUGUGGUGUUCAUAUUGAAGAGGAAGAACAGGAGGAGGAGGUGGAUAAUUCUCUACGUGGACGACUGCUUCGUUUGGUGGAGAGGGUGAAAAAGUUUCGAGAAAAAAAAGUAGAGGUUGAGGUUGAGCCUCAGGAAGACAAAAAACCAAGCACGUUACAGGAACUCAUUUCCCACACCAUGAUCCACUGGGCCCAAGAAUCAUUCAUUCAAAACCCUGAGUUAGUGCGCAUGAUGUUCAGCCUCCUUCACAGACAGUAUGACAGACUUGGUGAACUUAUGCGAGCGCUUCCAAAGGCUUAUACCAUCAAUCAGGUAUCGAUACAGGACACCAUGGAUCUGCUGGAGUGCCUGGGUCAGAUCCGCUCACUGCUUAUUGUACAGAUGGGUCCAGAAGAGGAGAGGCUUAUAAUUCAAAGCAUUGGGAACAUCAUGAGUAACAGAGUUUUCUAUCAGCACCCCAACUUGAUGCGAGCUUUAGGCAUGCAUGAGACUGUCAUGGAGGUUAUGGUUAAUGUGCUGGGUGGUGGUGACUCAAAGGAAAUUCGAUUUCCCCGAGUGGUCACAAACUGUUGCCGAUUCCUCUGCUAUUUCUGUCGUAUCAGUCGCCAAAACCAGCGAUCCAUGUUUGAUCAUCUCAGCUACCUCCUGCAGAAUAGUGGCAUUGGCCUUGGAAUGCGUGGCUCUACCCCCUUGGAUGUGGCUGCAGCAUCAUGCAUCGACAAUAACGAGCUAGCACUGGCUCUCCAGGAGCAGGAUUUAGAAAUGGUGGUGAAAUACUUAGCUGGGUGUGGGCUUCAGAGUUGCCCCAUGCUUCUGGCUAAAGGAUACCCAGACAUAGGUUGGAAUCCCUGCGGUGGAGAGAAAUACCUUGACUUUCUUCGUUUUGCUGUUUUUGUCAACGGAGAAAGUGUGGAAGAGAAUGCCAAUGUUGUAGUGCGUCUUCUCAUUCGAAGACCCGAGUGCUUCGGUCCAGCUUUGAGAGGAGAGGGUGGUAAUGGCUUACUGGCUGCUGUAGAGGAAGCCAUUAAAAUAUCAGAGGACCCUGCAAGAGAUGGUCCCAGCAUUAAGAAAGACAGACGUUUUCCCAUGUUUGGAGGAGAAGAGCAGCAGGAGGAGAACAGGGUGCACCUGGGAAACGCCAUUAUGUCCUUCUACUCUGCUCUCAUUGACCUCCUUGGGCGUUGUGCUCCGGAGAUGCAUUUGAUCCAAGCUGGAAAGGGUGAAGCUCUAAGGAUCAGGGCGAUUCUUAGGUCUCUGGUUCCUAUCGAGGAUCUUGUGGGAGUCAUUAGCCUUCCUGUUCAGAUUCCUGCUUUGGGAAAAGACAACACCAUCAUAGAGCCAAAGAUGUCUGCUAGUUUUGUGCCAGACCACAAGGCCCCCAUGGUUCUGUUCCUGGAUAGAGUUUAUGGUAUUGACAACCAGGAUUUCCUGCUCCAUGUGCUGGAGGUGGGCUUCUUGCCUGACAUGAGGGCUGCUGCCUCUCUGGACACAGCUGCUUUCAGCACGACAGAGAUGGCUCUCGCUUUAAACCGCUAUCUGUGUACUGCUGUGCUGCCGCUCAUCACCAAAUGUGCCCCGCUGUUUGCUGGCAGCGACCAUCGUGCCAUAAUGAUAGACUCCAUGCUGCACACGAUCUACAGACUGUCUCGAGGUCGAGCCUUCACAAAGGCACAGAGAGAUAUUAUAGAAGAAUGCCUCAUGGCUUUGUGCAAAAAUCUGCGUCCAGCCAUGCUUCAGCACCUGCUGAGACGACUGGUGUUUGACGUACCCAUUCUAAAUGAGUAUGCCAAAAGGCCGCUGAAGCUGCUGACCAGUCACUAUGAGCGCUGUUGGAAAUAUUACUGCCUCCCAAAUGGUUGGGCCAACUUUGGAGUUGCUUCAGAGGAAGAGUUGCAUUUGACUCGCAAACUUUUCUGGGGGAUCUUUGAAUCCCUGGCACACAAGAAAUUUGAUGCUGAAAUUUUCAAGAUCUCAAUGCCCUGCCUCUGCGCCAUCGCUGGAGCUAUUCCUCCAGAUUAUGUGGAUGCCAGCUAUUCCUCUAAAACUGAGAAAAAGGCAUCAGUGGAUGCAGAAGGAAACUUUGAUCCUAAACCAGUUGAGACCACAAACACCAUUAUCCCUGAGAGACUGGAUACAUUUAUCAACAAAUAUGCUGAGUACACCCACGAUAAAUGGGCUUUUGAAAAGAUUCAAAAUAACUGGUCAUACGGUGAGGUUCUGGAUGAGAAUGCAAAAACCCAUCCCAUGCUCAGACCAUACAAAACCUUCUCAGAAAAGGACAAAGAGAUCUACCGCUGGCCGAUUAAAGAAUCUAUUAAAGCCAUGAUAGCAUGGGAAUGGAACAUUGAGAAAGCAAGAGAGGAAGAGGAGUCAGAAAAGAAGAAGGCAGCUUCAAGAAAGAUUUCCCAGACUGCUCAGGCAACGUAUGACCCGAGCCAUGGCUAUAGUCCUCAACCUAUUGACAUUUCACACAUGGCACUUUCUAGAGAUCUGCAGUCAAUGGCAGAGCAGCUGGCCGAGAAUUAUCAUAAUACUUGGGGACGCAAGAAAAAGUUGGAGCUUCAAGCAAAAGGAGGAGGGACACAUCCUCUGCUGGUGCCCUACGACACCCUAACAGCAAAAGAGAAGGCCAGAGACAGAGAGAAGGCUUACGAGUUGCUCAAGUUCCUACAGCUCAAUGGAUAUGCUGUCACAAGGGGCCUGAAAGACAUGGAGUCUGAGAUAUCGUCAAUUGAAAAGAGGUUUGCUUAUGGCUUCCUGCAGAAGCUGUUGAAAUGGAUGGAAAUAGCCCAGGAGUUCAUAGCUCACCUCGAGGCUGUGGUGAGCAGUGGACGAGUGGAAAAGUCUCCUCAUGAGCAAGAAAUCAAAUUCUUUGCUAAGAUCUUGAUGCCUUUAAUCAAUCAGUACUUCAAAAAUCACUGCCUCUACUUCCUAUCAACACCUGCAAAAGUCCUCGGUAGCGGCGGCCAUUCUUCCAAUAAGGAGAAGGAGAUGAUUGCAAGUAUCUUCUGUAAAAUGGCUGCUUUGGUGAGGCACAGAGUUUCUCUCUUUGGAACGGAUGCUUCUGCAAUAGUAAACUGUCUUCACAUCCUGGCUCGUUCUUUGGACGCAAGGACUGUGAUGAAAUCAGGGCCUGAGAUUGUGAAAGCAGGCUUGCGGUCAUUCUUUGAGAGUGCUGCUGAUGAUGUGGAGAAGAUGGUUGAGAACCUCAAACUGGGCAAAGUAUCCAAAGGCAACCAACAAGUGAAAGGUGUUUCGCAGAAUAUCAACUACACGACUAUUGCCCUGCUGCCGGUGCUUACCUCUCUUUUUGAUCACAUCGCCCAGCAUCAGUUUGGAGAUGAUGUCAUUUUGGAUGAUCUGCAGAUUUCCUGUUAUCGCAUCAUGUGUAGCAUCUACUCAGUUGGGACCGUCAAGAACCCACAUGUUGAGAGGCAGAGACCAGCACUUGGGGAGUGUCUAGCUCAUCUUGCGGCAGCAAUGCCAGUGGCCUACUUAGAGCCUCAUCUAAAUGAAUUUAACGCAUUCUCUGUGUACACCACAAAGACGCCAAGGGAGAGAGCCAUCCUCGGUCUUCCUAAUGCGGUCCAAGAGUUAUGUCCUGACAUUCCACCGCUGGACCUUCUGCUAAAGGAGAUUGGAGACUUGGCAGAAUCAGGGGCCCGCUACACUGAAAUGCCUCAUGUCAUUGAAAUCACUUUACCCAUGCUGUGCAACUACCUGCCUCGGUGGUGGGAAAGGGGACCCGAAAACUUCCCUGAGAUGCAGGAUCAACUCUGCACCGAGGUUACAUCAGAACAUCUGAAUCAGCUUCUAGGCAGCAUCAUGAAAAUUGUAGUCAACAAUCUGGGUAUUGAUGAAGCCUCAUGGAUGAAGAGGUUGGCUGUGUUUUCCCAGCCCAUUGUAAGCAGGGCAAAGCCAGAAAUGCUUAAAUCCCACUUCAUUCCAACAAUGGAGAAGCUGAAGAAACGCACGUCAAAGGUGGUGGCUGAGGAGGACCAUUUACGGAUGGAGGGGAAAUCAGAGGGGGAUGAGGAAGAUGGGACCAUACGGGAUGAGUUUGCUGUGCUCUGCAGAGACUUGUAUGCUCUCUAUCCUCUACUUAUUCGCUAUGUGGACAACAACAGAGCGAGGUGGUUGACCUGCCCAGACCCAGAUGCUGAAGAACUCUUUCGAAUGGUUGGAGAAGUCUUUAUUUUCUGGUCCAAAUCACACAACUUCAAACGAGAAGAACAGAACUUUGUGGUGAUGAAUGAGAUCAAUAACAUGUCAUUCCUCACUGCUGACAGCAAGAGCAAAAUGAGCAAGGGCGGUGACACAGAGGGUGGAGGCUCAGACACCGAGCGCACCAAGAAGAAGAAACGGGGAGAUCGUUACUCUGUUCAAACAUCCCUUAUUGUUGCUGCCUUAAAGAAGAUGCUCCCCAUAGGCCUGAACAUGUGCUCUCCUGCUGAUCAGGAGCUCAUCAACUUAGCCAAAAUCCGCUACUCUUUAAGGGACACAGAUGAAGAAGUAAGAGAGUUUCUGCAGAACAACCUCCAUCUUCAGGGAAAGGUGGACAACCCCUCCAUGCGCUGGCAGAUGGCCCUGUACAAAGAGAUGGCAGGAAAGGCUGAAGAUGCUGACGCUCCAGUGAAAGUUGUGAAGAGAGUACAGGAGGUGUCCGCUGUCCUUUAUCACCUGGAAGUGACGGAGCAUCCUUUUAAGUCCAAGAAGAUGGUGUGGCACAAACUGUUGUCUAAGCAGAGACGCAGAGCCGUGGUGGCCUGCUUCAGAAUGACACCGCUCUACAACAUUGCAAGGCACAGAGCUUCAAACAUGUUUCUUGAGGGAUACAAACGCAACUGGAUUUACACGGAGGGUUUCUCAUUUGAGGACAGGAUGAUAGAUGAUUUAUCUAAAGCAAUGGAGCAGGAGGAGGUAGAGGAGGAAGAAGAGAAGAAAGAAACAAAACCGGAUCCCCUCCACCAACUUAUUCUCCACUUUAGUCGAACAGCCCUGACAGAAAAGAGUAAACUUGAUACAGAUCAUCUCUACAUGGCGUAUGCGGACAUUAUGGCAAAAAGUUGCCAUAUUGGUGAGGAAGAAGAAGGUGGAGACGAAAUGAUGGAACAAUCUGAAGAUGAGAUGCCCUUUGAGGUGCGACAGUCAGAACUGGAAAAAGAAAUGGAGAAGCAAAGACUUCUCUACCAACAGUCCAGACUUCAUAACCGUGGAGCUGCAGAAAUGGUCCUUCAAAUGAUAAGCGCCUGCAAAGGUGAAACUGGCCCAAUGGUUUCAACAACCCUCAAACUGGGGAUUUCUAUACUGAAUGGGGGAAACACCGAAGUUCAGCGGAAAAUGUUGGAGUAUCUAAAAGACAAAAAGGACGUGGGCUUCUUUCUGAGUGUCCAAGCUCUAAUGCAGACGUGCUGCGUUCUGGAUUUAAAUGCCUUUGAGAGGCAAAACAAGGCAGAGGGGCUUGGCAUGGUAUCAGAGGAAGGAACAAACAUGAACCUAGAUCGGGAUGAGAAAGUGAUGGCCGAUGAUGAGUUCACCUGUGACCUUUUCCGCUUCCUGCAGCUGCUCUGUGAGGGACACAAUAACGAUUUUCAAAACUACCUGCGGACGCAGACAGGAAGCACAACUAGCAUCAACAUCAUCAUCUGCACUGUGGAUUACCUUCUUAGACUCCAGGAAUCUAUCAGUGAUUUCUACUGGUAUUACUCUGGGAAGGAUAUCAUCGAUGAUCCAGGCAAAAAGAAUUUCUCCAAAGCUAUGACAGUGGCAAAACAGAUAUUUAAUAGUUUAACAGAAUAUAUUCAGGGUCCAUGUACAGGUAACCAGCAGUCUCUAGCUCACAGCAGACUGUGGGAUGCUAUCGUUGGAUUCCUUCAUGUGUUUGCCCACAUGAUGAUGAAACUCGCACAGGAUUCUAGCCAGAUUGCUCUACUAAAGGAGCUUCUCGACCUCCAGAAAGACAUGGUUGUUAUGCUGCUCUCACUACUGGAGGGGAACAUAGUUAACGGCAUGAUUGCCCGUCAGAUGGUGGACAUGCUGGUGGAGUCCUCUAGCAACGUCGAGAUGAUUCUCAAGUUUUUUGACAUGUUUCUCAAACUGAAAGACAUUGUUGCCUCGGACGCUUUUCGUGAUUACCUAACUGACCCCAGAGGACUGAUCUCUAAGAAGGACUUCCAGAAGGCUAUGGACAGUCAGAAACAGUAUUCCCCCUCUGAGAUCCAGUUUCUUUUGUCUUGCUCCGAAGCAGAUGAGAACGACAUGAUCAAUUAUGAGGAGUUUGCCAAUCGCUUCCAGGAACCAGCUAAGGACAUUGGGUUCAACAUAGCAGUGCUGCUUACCAACCUUUCCGAGCAUGUACCCCACGACUCCCGACUGCAGAACUUCCUAGAGCAAGCAGAGAGUGUACUCAACUACUUCCGUCCAUUCCUUGGACGUAUUGAGAUAAUGGGCGCCAGCAGAAAGAUUGAGCGCAUCUAUUUUGAAAUCAGUGAAGUCAACCGCAAACAGUGGGAAAUGCCACAAGUGAGAGAGUCCAAACGACAGUUUAUAUUUGAUGUUGUCAACGAGGGCGGUGAAUCCGAGAAGAUGGAGAUGUUCGUCAAUUUCUGUGAAGAUACUAUCUUUGAGAUGAACAUCGCUUCGCAGAUAUCAGAGCAGGAAGAAGAGGAGAAGGGGGAAGAGGAUGAUGAAGGAGAUGAGGGAGGGGGCGAGGGAGUAGUGGGCGGAGCUACAGGUGGAACAGGGGAGGAAGAUAGUAACGGUGACGAAGGGCAGCCUGAAUCAACCUCAGCCUUUACAGACUUCCUCCACAGCUUAUCAAACUUACUCACCAUCUUCACCUUCCGUAAUCUCCGCAGACAGUAUCGCAGAGUCAGAAAGAUGACCUUGAAGGAGAUCGUGGUGGCUUUGUCCAAGUUCUUUUGGGCAAUUCUAAUGAGCAUAUUGCACUUUAUUUACAAUGUGUGCAAAGGCUUCUUCAUGAUCAUCUGGCAAGCGCUGUUUGGAGGGGGCUUGGUGGAGGGAGCUAAAAACAUCACAGUCACAGAGAUCCUAGCAAGUAUGCCAGAUCCCACACAAGAUGAUGUGCAUGGAGAUGGACCAGGAGAGAUGGGGACAGGUGAGGAACAAGAUACUGGAGGGAUAACAGAUACUGGUGAGUCUGGGAGUGGGGAAGAAGAAGAAGAAGAUACUCAGGAAAAUGAAGGAGGGAGGAUUCCAGGUAUGGAUGCUCCAGGUGGACUUGGUGAUAUGGGAGUUGAGGAACCAGUUGAGCCUCCGACUCCUGAAGGCUCUCCUAUUACAAAGAGAAAAACGCAACCAGAAGAGUCUGAUGCAAGCCAAAAACCUCCUGAGCCUGCUCCUGUGGAAGAAGCCCCUCCAGAGCCGGAGAAGUCAGAUGUCGAAACCGGGGAAAAAACUGAGAAAGAAGGCAAGAGCAAAGAAGAAGAAAAGCCACAAGAACCAAAGAAAUCUGCAGCUAAAAAAGAGAAGAAGUUGAAGAAGCAAGGCUUUCAAAUCUGGACUGAGCUGGAAACUCAGAGAAAUAAAUUCAUGAACUACCUCUCCAGGAACUUUUAUAAUCUCCGGUUUUUGGCCUUAUUCCUCGCAUUUGCCCUGAACUUCAUUCUUCUCUUCUACAAGGUCUCUGAUACUCCACCGGAGGGGGAGGAGAUAGAGGGAUCUGGACUGGCAGAGGGAAGCGGGAUGUUCGAGGGUUCAGGCUUGUUUGAGGGCUCUGGGGAUGAAGCUGAAGGAUCCGGAGCAGAUGGAGGAGGGGAAGAAGAUGAAGAAGACGUCCUACUUUAUUUCUAUUUAGAGGAGAGCACAGGAUACAUGCAGCCGACAUUAGCAUUCCUGGCCAUCCUGCAUACAGUCAUCUCAUUUAUUUGUAUCAUUGGGUACAACUGUCUGAAGAUCCCCCUGGUGAUCUUUAAAAGGGAAAAGGAACUAGCAAGAAAGCUGGAAUUUGACGGCCUCUACAUCACUGAGCAGCCAGAAGAUGAUGACAUAAAGGGCCAGUGGGAUCGUCUCGUCCUAAAUACACCCUCUUUCCCAAACAACUACUGGGAUAAAUUUGUGAAAAGAAAAGUCCUGGAUAAGUAUGGAGACAUUUAUGGAAGAGAAAGAAUAGCUGAACUGCUGGGUGUUGAUUUGGCUUCCCUGGAUGUCAGUCAGCAACAUGAGAAGAAACAAGAGGAACCAGACACAUCUGUUUUUGCAUGGGCAACCUCCAUUGACAUCAAGUACCAGAUCUGGAAAUUUGGAGUUGUGUUCACAGACGGUACCUUCCUUUAUCUCUGUUGGUACCUGGUGAUGUCCUUGCUUGGUCACUACAACAACUUCUUCUUUGCUUGCCAUUUGCUGGACAUUGCAAUGGGUGUGAAGACACUGCGCACCAUCCUGUCUUCAGUCACACACAAUGGCAAACAGCUCAUGAUGACAGUGGGCCUGCUGGCUGUGGUGGUGUACCUUUACACAGUGGUUGCUUUCAAUUUCUUCCGCAAGUUCUACAACAAGAGCGAGGAUGAAGACGAGCCUGACAUGAAAUGCGAUGACAUGAUGACUUGUUACCUGUUCCACAUGUAUGUUGGUGUGCGUGCUGGUGGAGGCAUCGGAGAUGAGAUAGAGGAUCCUGCAGGAGAUGAAUACGAGCUUUAUCGAGUAGUCUUUGAUAUAACCUUCUUCUUCUUCGUCAUUGUUAUUCUGCUUGCUAUUAUUCAGGGUCUCAUUAUUGAUGCCUUUGGAGAACUCCGAGACCAACAGGAGCAGGUUAAGGAGGACAUGGAGACAAAAUGCUUCAUAUGUGGCAUUGGAAGUGACUACUUUGAUACGACACCACACGGCUUUGAGACCCAUACCUUUGACGAACAUAACUUAGCCAACUAUAUGUUCUUCUUGAUGUAUCUCAUCAACAAAGAUGAGACGGAGCACACUGGGCAGGAGUCAUACGUGUGGAAGAUGUACCAGGAGCGAUGUUGGGAUUUCUUUCCUGCUGGAGACUGUUUCAGAAAGCAAUAUGAGGAUCAGCUUUCCUAAAUGACAAAUGAACAAAAAGUGUGUGCUGAGGGAGUGCCACACCUUGGCUGGACCUCUGAUUAACCAGAAAACCUUGCUGCAUACUCACCAAGGCAGCAGGCUUUCUCGAACGCUCUUGAAACAAACUUCUCUCCAUGUAAUCCCAUGAUCUUGUCCUCUCAUCAGUAUGAAUCUUGUCCUCUGAAUCAUCAUCUUCAUUCCUCUUUUAGAACCAAUCAUUUCCAUCCAGUGUGAUUAUUUUCACAAACGCAGUGAUUUUGGUCAGUAAGCAAAGAAUGCACGAGUUUGCAAUAAUAUUAGUCUCCAUACAUAGCCACGGUUUGACCUUUAUGAACAAUGUUUAGAGCAUCAAUCUUGUGUGAUUCAUUAAUUUAUGUAUUUUCAGUUUGUUCAUUUUAAAGUGUUUGAAUUUUAAUUGUUGUUUUCAUCAGUAAAACUUAUGUGUGGAUGAAUCUUUGAACUUUCACACAGUUUUUUAGAAUUAUAAUCCAUUAAAUCAUACCUUCCCUCCUGUAAGCCAUCUGCAACACAGUUAAAUCAUGGAUCACUGACAUCUC